AUGUCAAUGAACCUCGACUUCCUAGACAUCCAGCAAAUCUCCCAACACCACCUCCGCAACACCGUCAUGGUCCUCACCCGCGACAUCCCCUCCCUCGAAAACAUCCAAGACAACAUGCCCUUCUCCGACGAAGACGACACCACCACUGCUUAUCCAACUUACCUCCCCGUUCCGGCCCUCGUCGCCAGAAACAUCACCAUCACCAGCGGUGGUGAAGAAAGCAAGUCACGAGUCGUGGGCUACGCCUUCCUAGACCCCUCUCGCAAGAGCACGAUGGACGUGAAGAAUAUGGCGAUGGGGGUUGGAAAGUGGAUUGAUACGGCGAAUCUGCGGUUUGAUGUUCCUGAUGAUGCUGGCGAUGGUGAUUCUAGCAGUGGUAAUGAUAGUGGCUACGGUGGUGGAGACGGUGAUGGUGAGGGUAGUGAGGCGGGUAGUGUUGAAAGUGAGGGCAGUGCUGGCAGUGAAGGAAGCGAGGCGAGUCAUGGCAGCUAUGGCAGUCAGGGCAGUCAGGGCAGCCAAACCAGCGUGAGUAGUGCGGGAAGUGGCCACAAUAGCGACAACGAUGAAGAGGAAGACAGUGACGACGAAGAAAAUGACUGGGACGACGACGACGACGACCCAUACGGAGAAGUCGAAGACGACGACUUCGAAUUCGAUUGA